AUUCAGUUUUACGUUGCAGAAUCGUGAGUAUCAGAAGACAGAAGCAUCUCUGAGCUCCAGCUACAUCCAGUGGACUUAAAACCUGACAUCUAACAGGAUUCAUGUGUGUCUGACCACACUGUGAGUAUCUCUCAGCCUCAAACUUCACUCGGCUCUCACAGUACACACCAGCAACCACACAGUGUCCAGCUUCAUCCAGGUCUGAUCAGCCCAGUGCUGAAGUCACCCACUUAAGCCAUGGCAGAACCUGAGCUGAAGGACUCGUCCCUGCGCUCACCGAGUCCAGCAUCUCACUCUGUCUCAUUUCCGUUCAGGAGGGACGGCAGUCGGGUGUGGGAGAAAAUACAGCUGCCCAGCCCUCUGCCCACCAAGCGUACACGAACCUACUCUGCCACAGUGCGGGCAAACUCAGGUCCCAUGUUUAAGGGUGUGUGUAAGAACUUCUCAAGGUCACAGGGUCACGGAUUUAUCAGACCCGCCAAAGGUGGAGAAGAUAUUUUUGUCCACAUCUCUGACAUAGAGGGGGAGUACGUUCCAGUAGAGGGUGACGAGAUGACGUAUAAAGUUUGCUCCAUCCCCCCCAAGAACCAGAAGGUGCAGGCAGUAGAAGUGAUGAUCACACACCUGAACCCUGGAACCAAGCAUGAGACCUGGUCAGGCCAGAUUAUCAGCUCAUAGGAUGCACCAUAAACCUGGAUCUCACACUGAGGGCUGUCUGGGGAGGGGGGAUCGGGGUUUUAUUUUUAUUGGAGGACAGAGCAGGUGAGAAGAUGAGGGAGAAGGAUGGAUAUGAGAAGGAGAUUAGGAAUGUGAUUGGCUGGUGCUUGUUUUUGUUGUUAAAAGGAAUAUGAGUGAACAAAGAACUGGUUGGAAAUGAAGCAGUUGGGAAGUCUAGCAGUAUAUGGAUCAGAGCGAUGGACACUGAGAGACAGUUGUAGAAAUAGAAGGGCAAGUUAUGCCAUUUCAUUUUUUUGAGGGGCGGGAAAGGUACAGAAUUGGCCAUGGUUGACGAAUAGAUGCAGAUUAUGGAAACAGACCCUUUAUCAUGGUUAUACAGGCCAUUCCACCGUAUGGGUGCCAUUUGCGUGUAGUACCUGGAUUAAAUUAAACUUUAUUUUUUAA